UGUCUCUCCCCAUCACACUCCACAACACAUCAUGGCUUUCUCCACUAGAACCUCCAUCUUCUUUUUCUUCACAACACUUGUUCUUCUCUCCACUCAAAUCAAUGCAAGAGAUAGCUACUUCUUUGGCAAAUUCCACCGAGAAUCCCCCAAAGACCAAAACUCUAACAAUGUCCUCCCUCUCAAGACCAGCCAGAAAACCACAGUAGAACAAUCAUUCCCCAACAAGAAAGAACAAGAACAAGAUCCCACCUUUGUCCCCGAGUCCGAAAACGGCUAUGGCUUAUAUGGUCAUGAAACCACCUACAACAACAACAAAGAAGAGUUGUUCAACAACAACAAGUACGAUGAGAAAUUUAACGGUGAGACUUUCUCAACUCCAAGCCUGAGCGAGACCGAAGAGUCCUCUUACAACAACUACGAGGAGAGCUACCCGAAGAAGACCGAGAACUACGACAACAACCGUUACAACAACGAAGAGUUCAACAAUAACAAGUAUGAUGAAAACGUUAAGGAAGAGUCAUUCUCUGAGAACAAUGAAGACAAGAGAAACUUCUACAACUCUAACGCUUACGGAACGGAGUUAGAACGUGAAACGCCGUACAAAGGUUACAGCCACAAUAUGGAGAGGCAAGGCAUGAGUGACACAAGAUUCAUGGAGAAAGGUAACUACUACUACGACCUUUACAACGAUAGAAACCACGGUCAUUUCUACCGGAAACCUCAUCAGAAAAGCCCUGGCGGUUAUUAUUCUACUCAGGCGACCGAGAAUAAUAACUUCGACCAGUCGUAUUCCUACGGAAACAACAACGAGGAGGAGAAGAGCUUCAAGGAUCCGUACAAUUCCAAGUGGGAGAAGAACAUGAUGAACGAACAGCCUGAAGGGUUCGUUGAGGAGCAAGGAGACCAGUUCAAGCCUUGAUGAAUAUUAAUUAGUUAUUUGAUUUCCUCUGGAGAUCACUACACUCGUAAAUGUAUUUUCUUUCAUUUCAACUAAGUUAUUUUACUUAUGGUUGAUUAGUCAAACUUAAUCGUUGUUUAUCACUACAACAAUUGAAAGUGGAAAAGUGAUAUGGGGGUUUUGUGUGUUUUCAGUUGAAAUAUGUUUGCUUUUGCAUAUAAUAUUCGGAGAAAAGAAUGAAUAUUGUGCUACUUAAUGUUAUUUCUUAUAUAUUAAUUUAUCACUUUUUGAUUCAAG